AGAACGCCCUCCCGGAAGUGGAUUCCAGAUGGGGCAGUGAAAGUGGCAGCCGGUGGCCUCUGGCGCCCGAUCUGGAGAGGUCAGAGCUGAGCUAUUUCUCUUCGUUUCCUCCCAGUCCUUCCUGAGUCUUCCAGAUCCGCCUUGGGAGGAACUGUCUGCACCAUCAUGGGGGGAGGCGACCUGAAUCUGAAGAAGAGCUGGCACCCGCAAACCCUCCGCAAUGUGGAGAAGGUGUGGAAGGCUGAGCAGAAGCAUGAGGCUGAACGGAAGAAGAUUGAGGAGCUUCAGCGGGAACUGCGGGAGGAGAGAGCCCGGGAAGAGAUGCAACGCUAUGCAGAAGAUGUUGGGGCUGUCAAGAAAAAAGAAGAAAAACUGGACUGGAUGUACCAGGGUCCUGGUGGGAUGGUGAACCGUGAUGAGUACUUGCUGGGGCGCCCCAUUGACAAGUACGUUUUUGAGAAGAUGGAGGAGAAGGAGGCAGGCUGUUCUUCUGAGACAGGACUCCUCCCAGGCUCCAUCUUUGCCCCAUCAGGUGCCAAUUCCCUUCUUGACAUGGCCAGCAAAAUUCGGGAGGACCCGCUCUUCAUCAUCAGAAAGAAGGAGGAGGAGAAAAAAAGAGAAGUAUUGAAUAAUCCUGUGAAAAUGAAGAAAAUCAAAGAACUGUUGCAAAUGAGUCUGGAAAAAAAGGAGAAGAAGAAAAAGAAGGAGAAGAAAAAGAAGCACAAGAAACAUAAGCACAGAAGCUCAAGUAGUGAUCGUUGCAGUAGCGAGAAUGAGCGCAGCCGGGGGAGAUCUCAAAAGAAGGUGGCAAAUUCUUCCUCUGUUUUGUCUAAGGUUCCUGGAUAUGGCUUACAGAUCAGGGACUCCCACCAUAGCCACAGAUUGCAGGGUCCUCUGAUGGCUGAGCAAAAGGGAGUGCAUGGACUGAAGAAUUACUCCAGGUCCAGAAGCUCCUCUCACUCACCUCCCAGACAUGCCAGCAAGAAGAACACCAGAGAAUCAGGGUCCCGGGACAGGAGGUCUCGCUCCCCAGGCAGAAGGUCACAGUCCCCAAGGCCAAGCAAACUGCACAACUCUAAGGUAAACAGGAGAGAGAGAUGCCGAACUAAGAGCCCAUCACCUAGAAAAGAGGUCUACCAAAGGCGGCAUGCACCUGGGUACACCAGAAAGCUCUCAUUGGAGGAACUAGAGCGAAAACGGCAAGAGAUGAUGGAAAAUGCUAAGUGGCGGGAGGAGGAAAGGAUGAACAUUCUCAAGAGGCAUGCUAAGGAUGAUGAACGGGAGCAGAGGCUGGAGAGACUGGACUCCCGAGAUGGGAAGUUUAUCCACCGCAUGAAGCUAGAGAGUACAUCGACCUCGUCCCUGGAGGAUCGGGUGAAGCGGAAUAUCUACUCUCUACAGAGAACUUCUGUAGCUCUGGAGAAGAACUUUAUGAAAAGAUGAAAACCAUCCCCUCUCUUGCUGGCUUUCCUGAAUUUUUUGGGGAGGCUACUGAUCCCUUAAAAAUUCUCUUUAUAAGAGUUCAAGUAACUUCUUCCACAGAUGUCAAACCACCACUGUUCAAAGUGACUCUUCAGCAGUUCCUGAAACAGCUCACUUACUUUGAGAACCAGUGUGACUUGCUUUGUGGGACUCUCAGUAACUUUUGCCGGAUACAGAGUGGGUUCUAAUUAUGUUUUUAAUGGGUGGGCCCUGGCCCCUGUAGGUGUGAGUGCUCAUCCUGCUAUGGAAGGCUGCUCCCUGUGGUCUUUGUACUCCCUAUGGGAACAGACCUAUUCCCACCUGCAUGAACAGACCUAUUCCAGUCUCAGUACAGACCGGACUUUCAGAAACUUCUCUCUUCAGUCACCCAGAUAGAUUGUGCCUAGUGGGAUAAAUGCAAAACAUUUGCUUGAUUUAGUAGAUAAUGUGACAGAAGGAUGUCAGCAUAGGGCAGAGCCAAGGGAGUGACAAAGAAUGUGGAAGAUAAAACAAUACAAAAAAGCCCUAAAUGAACUGUUGAACUAUUUGGACUAUCUUCUGAACUGUAAAAGUGUAGUGUGUUUAUGUACAAAUGUAUAAUUUUACUUGUUUUUUAAAGGAAGUUAGCCUUGUGACAAUAUUCUUUUUGGUAAGUGACUUUCCUGUGUAAUGGAACCACAUUCUAUCAUGUUGAGUAGUAAUGCAGUAAGGCAUGUCAGCUUUUUUUUCCUCUGGGAAUCCAGCUAGUUUCAGAGGAGUCUGGGUUUAUCGAUCGCAUCUAGAAUAUCUAUCUUUUUACACUGCUUAGGACUUAGAUGUGGGCAGGGCAGUGAAGUCAGAUGAUUUUAGGAGUUAGGACCAAAUUGCCAGUAUGCUCCCUGGCUCCUAAAAGAGAAUAAAAUGGAAGCUGUUUAUUUCAUGGCUUCCAUUUUAUUGUGUAAUAAUCCUUAUACAUUCUAGAUUUUCGGGAGUUGUUUGCUACUAUUUUUUAGUCAGGUAUUAAAAAAAAAAAUGGGACCAGUCUUCUGUCUUCACUCUUUUCUCUAUUCUUUCUCCAGAAGCCCUCAUUAGACCCACACAUUAGCUAGGCUAGUUCCUUGUUCUGCUCAUCCCUAAAUCUGCCUAAAACGAAUCUCGAUUUAUAUGUUUGAGCACUUAUGGAUGCCAGGCACUGUAAUGCUUGAAACCCAGUCCUUUCCCAGAGAGAAAGUAACAUACACUGUUACUUAGUUAAUCACUUCAUCCUGCUUCCCUAUGCUAGAGUUAAUUGUCUUUUAUUUUAUUACUUGGUAAUAAAGGCUACAUUUAUUUUUGUAACUG